AUGUCCACAAAACGCAAACGCUCUAAUGGAUCACUCUUCACCACCCCUGCAGUCGAAGCUCCAUCACCAACACCCUUUUUCAGCUCUCCAGUGCUACUUCCAAACUUCUUUGCCCAGAGUAAAGGCUACGAUCCACAAUCACCGUCUGGUUGGAAGCAAAGCCACCAGCAAAGCAAUACAUAUCAAGAGGAGGACACCCAGUCACAAAUCCUGCACAGUCGAACGCGGAAACGCUAUCGCGAUGGCCGACCCGAAGAAUCCCAGAUCCACGGUUCGUUUACGAGUCGCAUUUCGCACCUCCUCUCUCGACGGCUUCAUACUGAUUCUGAGUGUGCUGUAGCAUCAACAGUCCAAAAACUCUUCUCGGCGCAAAGAGCACAUCCACACGCUUCUCCAAUACCCUCAUAUCCGCAAACCCAAGAUCUACCACAAGAUGCGCCAGCGCAAAGGUCGACGUUACAUUCUUUCUGGCAGCUACCGCAGAGCUCUCAGCUACAAGUGCAACACGGUACACCAGCUCCGACGAUGCAACAAGAGGUGGUGAUGUGUGAGGGCUGUGACAGAGUGCUGGUUCCUGAAUACGGCAUGGAUACUUUGGAGGCAGAAACGGCUUGUCGGGGCUGUGGGAAGUGUGUUUGUGAUACUUGUGCUAUUACUGCCGAGGUGAGGUUGUGUUUGGAUUGUGCUAUGCAGGGAUGA